AUGAUCACUAGUAUCUCAACUGACCACCCACCCACACUUUUAGUUAUGGACGAGGAAUAUGAUUACUCUCCCUCUGAUACCCAGGCCCUGUUCCUGCUGAGUGCGUACAGCAGUCCGGACCAGCAGCCCACCCCGGCUCUGCGCAAGAUCUUUGAUGACCCCAACAAGGGCUUCCUGAUCUUCCAGGCUCUGGAGCGCCAGGCUAAGCUGCUCACGCGCCGGAAGGAGGUGGCGGUGGGGUCGGAGGACAUUGCCGAGCUCUCCAUCUAUGACAAGGCCCUGCUGGCGCUCUACAGCCGCUGCGGCGGCGAGGAGAAGAGGCUCAGUGCCCCCGGCUGCUGGGGUCUGUUCAAUUUCUUCCUUGAUCACUUCGUGGGCAUCGAUCGUCUUGCGUCCCAUGAGCCGGCCAAUCAGUCUCCUCCCUCGGAGAAGCUGGCCGUCAAGGAUGCCCCGAAUGAGGUUCAGAAGACCCAGAGCACUUGCUUCGACCGCAUGAUCGAGGUUUACCAGAUUGCCAAGCUGGAUUGCUACCUCACUGAUGCGAACAAGAACCGUGACAAGUUCCAGGUAGUCCGCUUCCUUCGUGACACCGCCGAGAACCUGCUCACUCAGAUGCUCAAUGCUGGAUACGGAAACCACCCGCUGGUGCCUGAGCUGCGCCAGGUCUACGAGGUGAGCAAGUCCCACGCCGAGCAGCUGUCUGGUGGUCGCAAGCGCCCCUUUGAGGUGGAGAACUUGCACUCGCACUCGGACGGUCAUCCGGCUGGUGGUUACCCUUCUACUGGAUACCCUACUGGCGGCAUUACUGGCAUUACCUCUGUUGGUGGCAAUCCUGCUAGCGGCCUUGCCCCUAGCGGUUAUCCCUCCGGAAGUUAUCUCUCUGGUGCCCUCCCUUCCAGUGGCUCUCCUUCCGCCCGUUAUCCUGUUGGUGCUGGCUACUCUACGGCUACCGGCCACAAGAACCGGCGUUUCAUCGAUUCUUACCGUCCUGUGCGUGAGUAA